ACGCUGUCCUUAAAUUGAUAUCACCUUCUUGCUUUCGUUUCUCAACAGAUUCAACAAGUAGAGGAAGAAAACAAACAAUGGCGACUCUUACAGUUCCCUCGGCUAUUCCUUCAGUGUCUGAAGACUGUGAGCAACUAAGAAAAGCCUUUUCAGGAUGGGGAACCAACGAGGACUUGAUCAUAGAUAUAUUGGGUCACAGAAAUGCCGAGCAACGGAAUUUGAUCCGAAAAUUUUAUGCUGAAACCUAUGGAGAAGAUCUCCUCAAAUCACUGGACAAGGAACUCACAAGUGACUUUGAGAGGCUGGUUACGCUUUGGACUCUUGAUCCCGCUGAACGCGAUGCACACUUGGCUAAUGAAGCCACCAAGAGGUGGACUUCCAGCAAUCAGGUCCUUAUGGAAAUAGCCUGCACAAGGUCUGCCAACCAACUCCUUCACGCAAGGCAGGCUUAUCAUGCUCGAUAUAAGAAAUCGCUUGAAGAGGAUGUUGCUCAUCAAUCUGGUGAUUUCCGUAAGCUUCUCGUACCUCUUGUGAGUGCAUACAGAUAUGAGGGGGAUGAAGUGAACAUGAGUUUGGCAAAAACUGAGGCCAAGUUUCUCCAUGAGAAAAUUUCAGAGAAAGCUUACAGUGAUGACGAUGUCGUCAGAGUUUUGGGGACGAGAAGCAAGGCCCAGAUCAAUGCAACCUUGAACUACUACAAAAAUGCACACGGAAAAGAUAUAAUUGAGGACUUGGAGGAUGAUCCUAAGGAUGAUUUCCUUGCACUACUAAGGUCCACAGUGAAGUGCCUUGUCUACCCAGAAAAGUAUUUUGAAGAGGUUCUUCGUUCAGCAAUUAACAAACGAGGAACAGAUGAAGGUGCUCUUACAAGAGUUGUUUCCACAAGGGCUGAGUUCGACUUAAAGAUAAUAGCAGAUGAGUACCAGCGAAGGAACAGUGUCCCGCUGACUCGUGCCAUUACCAAGGACACUCGUGGAGACUAUGAAAAAAUGCUUCUGGUACUUGCAGGACAUGAUGAGGCUUGAAUCUGAUAUCAGGAUAUAAUUCUGUUGAAUAAAAGAGUUGUGAUGAUCAAACUCUUGUGGUUUAGUGGUGGCUGUAUUUCAUCUUUCUUUGUGCUACUGUGAGUUUUAUGCUAUUUGAGAUUCUAAGUCUACCUAAAAAUGAUGUUCGAGUAUGUUUUGCAGUUAAUAAAAGAUUCACUUUCAUGGU